GGGUCUGUAGUUCCGUGUGUGGGUCAGUGUGUGUGCGGGACAUGGGCGCGGGGUCCCGGGGGCUGCGGGCCGGGUGGGCGCGGCUGGGGCGAUGAUUGCCGGCGGGCCGGACAGUAUCGAGGAUGGGCAGCGCCGUGUCCAAGCGCAGACCCCCGCGGAGCGGCGCCGUCUCCCCGCCUGAACCCUCGCUCCGAGCAGCCCAGGUGUUUGGCGAGUACCUGUCGCAGAGUGAAGCCGCUUCCAGCAGCGCCAAAGUGCCAGAACCACUGGUGGUAGAGUCCCCGAUGGGAUUGGAGGAUGUGUCGCAGCUGCAGCUGCCGGUGCAGAACAAGCGUCGCCUGUCGACGAUCUCGCAGAGCCGGCUGGAGCGCAGCUUCUCUGAGGAGGGGGCGGACAAGCCGGCGGAGACACAGAAGGCCCGGGUGUACACCAUCUCUGGGGAGAGCCAGCUGGUGUCGGAGAGGGACAGCGAGGGGGCACGGCCGGCCAAGGCUGGGUCACAGGGACCCUGCGGCACCCACACCAUCGCUGCCCGGGGCUGGGCUGCUGCCAGGGCCGGCUCCAAGGACUGUCCCAACUGUGCCCGAGCCCCCAUCAUCUCCCAGCAGACCUUUGACCUGGAGCAGGCGUCCUCCCGAGAGCCCGCACGGCAUCGCAAGAAGCUGGAACGCAUGUACAGCGUGGACAGGGUGUCAGACGAUGUACCAAUCCGCACUUGGUUUCCUAAAGAAAACCUGUUCAACUUUCAUUCGGCCACGACCACAAUGCAGGCGGCUUUCCGCGGCUACACAGAGAGGAAGAGGAGGAAGCGUGAGAACGAGUGUGCUGCUGUCAUCCAGAGAAAUUUCCGUAAGCACCUGCGAAUGGUUGGGAGUCGAAGAAUUCGAGGUCAGAGUUUUUGUGAACGACAUGAGAAGAAUCUUGGCCGCUCCUGGAGUGACCCCACGCCAGUCAAGCCUGACGUGAUGUGUGAAACUCGAGAGAGCCAGGAGCUGCAGAGCGUGUGUGCUGCUUCGGACGAUGACUUUGACGAUCUUAGCUGGGAGGCCGAGAAGGAGCUGGAGCUAAUGUCCUGUGACGGUGAAGACUUUGUCCCGCCCAAGAUUAUGCUGAUUUCAUCCAAGGUGCCCAAGGCUGAGUACAUCCCGACCAUUAUCCGCAGAGACGAUUCCUCCAUUGUCCCCAUCCUCUAUGACCAUGAACACGCUACAUUUGAUGACAUCUUGGAGGAGAUAGAGAAGAAGCUGACCACGUAUCGGAGAGGCUGCAAGAUCUCCAAGCUGCUGAUCUUCUGCCAGGGGGGUCCAGGUCAUCUGUACCUGCUGAAAAACAAGGUUGCCACCUUUGCCAAAGUGGAGAAGGAAGAGGAUUUAAUUCUGUUUUGGAAGCGACUCAGCAGGAUGAUGAGCAAGAUCAACACUGAGGCCAACGUGAUCCACGUGAUGGGCUGCUACAUCCUGGGCAACCCCAACGGAGAAAAGCUUUUCCAGAGUCUAAAGAAUCUGAUGAGGCCCCAUCGCAUCUCCUUUGAGUCUCCGUUGGAACUUUCUGCUCAAGGCAAGCGAAUGAUCGAGACGUACUUUGAUUUUCGUCUCUAUAGACUGUGGAAAUCCAGGCAGCACUCCAAGUUACUGGACUAUGAUGACAUCUUGUGAGGAAAAGGAAGAUGGAAUUGGAAUCAUCAAUUGUAACUGCUCCCAUUUGAGAAAGCCACCUCUUCAGUGAAGGUGGCGGAGUGUCCGUGAUGGGACGGAGGAGAACCUGAAUACGCCUCUGUUGUAUCUUCUUCAGAGGAAGAUCGGGUUAUUGGAAGUCCUGGAUAGGAAUGGAUCGGAGCCAUCCGGGAGCUUUGUCGCGUUGAGCAGAUGAAGCAGGAGUAUGGAUUUUACGCAAGGCCAACCCUGGUCAAGGCAGGAGUGUGUCGGGUUAACAUUUUUUCACCCCCACCCUCCUUGGGCAAAGGAUGGGCUGUUGGGAUCCUGGCGGAGCCAGAGUGAGCCAUACGAGGUUCUAUGAUGGUUCUAUGGGCUUGAAGGGUGCGUGGGUCAGGACCACCAGCUCGCUGGCCUCAGGCAUUCUCAGCGGAAGCCAACUUUGUGAGAAGUAAAGUAGUGGAAGGUUUUAUUAAUGAAUAUAAGUACAAUGGACUUUUACUUGAAUAGUGCUAAUUAUACAAGUUAGUUAAUAAGAGUCUCUCAGUAGUUAGGAGGAUAUUUCAUCUAUUUGAGAGUGUAGUGCAGUGGGUUCCAUUAACAUUUAGUUGACCACUCUGGCAGUGGCAAGCAAGAGACUGAAGGCUUCACUAGGUUGAGAAUCGCACUCUUUGGGCGAAAACAUCCACAAUUAAGUAUUCUUAAUGUCUUUACUUUAUUGGCUGCAGCUGGAACACUAGUGGUGAUAGAGUGGUGUGGAAAUAAGAGUCAUGUGGGAUUUGUUGUUCUUGGAACAAAGCUAGCUGUCGGCAGGAUGUGGAAAUUGGCAAGAUUGAAGUUGCUGGUGAAAUGUGCAACAUGAGAGAACAUUGAGUAUUAGCAAUGAUGGGAGGCUCAUCUUCCCAGGGUGAACUUCACCUGAUGCAUUGUGAACGCCAACAGCAGUGUCUUCAUUUAAUUACAGACACUCUAAUGGCCUUUGAUGGCCAAUAUGAUGGUCUUUGUUGUUCAAUUCUGAUUUCUGAAUGGAUUUUACUUCCAAGAUUACUCCAUUGCGCAAAGUCUGAACAUGAAGUGUUGACUUUUUUAUUGAUUGACGCACUGGGAUUGAUUUGAUUUAAAGAUUAUUUAUCCUCGAUCCAAUUACAUUGAUGUAGCCAGUAGCAUUCUUAAAAUGGUGGCGUGGCAGAAUUAAGGAGGUGUUUUACUGUUGUGACUUAGGCUAGGAUCUCUAGAUUAGGAACUGUCCUCUAUUUAGGAUAUUGUAGUUCAAGGGUUUGGUUAAAGAAUAUUCCUAGAAGUGUUGCGAUGUAGUCUAGCCGUUGAGAGAGGGAACUGGGCAAAUUGAUUUUCAGGUAUCCCACUCACCGUUAGUUCUUGGUGUAAGACUGUUUCAAGCAGUCAGAGUGAAUUCUUUAUUAAUGUCAAUAGUGGGACUUAUCUCAGUAGCUAAAUUGUUCUCUCCGAGUUCAAUGUUCGUGUGGAAGGACAAGAGGCACUGAUGACUCAAACCUUCCUAAACCCAAUGAAUUUCGGGUUUGUGACCAUCAGAUAUGUUCUUCAAUCAGAAUUUCCUUGGUAUAAAUCCUUAAACUAUAGAAUACGAUGUUAUCGUGCGGGUAUAAUGUUGAUUGUACCAAAUGGUUUUUAUUUCCCCAUUUGAAGCAACCAAUUUUCCAUUAAAAAAACGUUCAUUUUCCGUA